AUGAACAUGUAACAAAAAUCUGGGCGAGUUGGCAACACUUCCCGCCUGGCGCCUGACCGUGCCCCGCGGGGCGCGGGCGGGGCCUUGCUCCCCGUCCCCCUGCUCGCUCCUCCCAGAGUCUUCCAGAGGCCCAUAGACCCCGGGGAAGGCUUCCAGCUAAAUAAUAUGCAGCAUUAACCCUAAUUGUCUCUAAUUAAUCUUUACAUUUUAUCUAAACUUUGACCUACUAGCACAAACCAACGGAAAGGGUGGGAAAGGGUGGAGGAUGGGAGCUCUAAGAGGGAGGGGUUGGGUAGUGUCUCGAACGCCCGCCCCAUACUCGAACACUCUACCUCAGUGAAGCAGAAUCCUCCCCCUUCCACUGUAACCUCUACACAUUUUCCAUCUGUAAAGAUGACUAACCUGAUGGGAAUGUCCGCCACACCAAUGGUCCAUGUUCUCAGGGCACUCAGAGCCAUGGGAAAACACGAUAGUUCACCGGGAGGGCCUACGAGUCCGCCCACGUGUUUACAAGGUUAUGGCUGCCUGCACUUUACAUUCCGCCCGCAUCCUGAUCUAGUGAGUGAUGGCAACGGGAUAAAUAAGCUGCCAGAGGUUCGUUACUAGGAUGUAUAGGUUGGUAUUCUCAGACGCUUCCACCUCUCACAUUAACUAUUUCCAAAGGCCGAAAUGGAGAUUGAUCGGGUUUUCAUGAGUGCUUUUUCACGUUCAUUAUACGUAUCAUAUUCGUCAGACUAUUCAGUUCUAGACAUUACAAACGGCUGAUCGACUCCAUUAAAUAUAACUUCUAAGCAGAACUUUAAGUGAAAACACCUGCACGCUUCCCAGGCGCAGUCGCAGUCAUAGGGACAUAUGUGAGCCCUCCUACGUACAGCAUCGAAGAGUCACGCGCGGCCAGCCUCAGUCAUACGCGAGUUCCGAACUUCCAAUGCACCGCCAGUCAGCAGCCAGAACCAGUCGAGUCACCGCCGCAACUGGUCCCUACUCAUCCUCCUCCCACGCACUAACCCAUCCACCGCAUAGUGUUCACAGUUCGACGAUAUAAUUAUGGCGUCGCCGUGGCUGCUCAUCGGCGCUGUGUGUGCGGCGGCGGCGGGAGGGGCAGGAGGGUGCCCCGUCGAUUACGUGGAGCAUCCCGUCAUCCUGGUCUCCAUGGACGGCUUUCGCGCUGAUUUCAUCAACCGCGGCCUGACUCCAACCCUCCAAGCGCUGGCCGACCAAGGGGUGCACGCCGCCUUCAUGCACCCGGCCUACCCCAGCCAGACCUUCCCCAACCACUACACCAUCGUCACGGGCAUGAUUCCGGAGGCCCACGGGAUCAUCUCCAACGACUUCUAUGAUCCUGAAUUCGGCGCCACCUUCAGCGUUGGCAGCGAUGAGGCUCUACUAGGGCGUUGGUGGGGCGGUGAACCCAUCUGGAACACCCUUACGAGGCAGGGCAAGAUCAGCGCCACCUUCUUCUGGCCGGGGUCUGACGCGGACAUAGGAGGGGAGCACCCGAGCUACUGGUACGCCUACAACGAGAACAUCCCCUUCGAGGCCCGCGUGGACCAGGUCCUGGAGUGGGUGUCCCUGCCCGUGGAGCAGCGACCGGCCUGGAUCUCCCUCUACCUCGACGAGCCCGACCACACGGAGCACACCUUCGGCCCGGACAGCCUCCUGGUGAACGCAAAGCUCGAAUACGUUGAUCGAAUCCUGCAGCGCCUCGUGGAUGGCCUGACAGAGCGCGGGAUAUUUGAGUGCGUGAACCUCAUCGUCCUGGCCGACCACGGGAUGGCCUCUUCUGUGGGCCUACCAGAUCACGUUAUCAAGCUGGUGGACUACAUUCCCGAUAUAGAUGAUCUCGCCAACAUCUACACUGGGGCCUUCCCGAGGAUUGACCUCAAGAACGAGAGCGAUGCUGCAGAACUGGACAUAAUGAGUAAGCUGGCGUGCAAGCGUGACGAGAUGCGAGUGUACCGCCGGGAGGACCUGCCCACCCGCCUGCACUUCUCCAACAACCGUCGCAUUGAGGACAUCGUUAUGGACCUGGAGCCCGGCUAUGUGGUGUCCGUGUCCCAUGUCCUGACCAACCUUGGGAAUCACGGCUAUGAUUACUACCAGACAACCAUGAAUGCUCUGUUCAUCGCCACAGGGCCAGAGUUCCUCCAGAGCACCGUGGUGGCGCCAUUCCACAACAUCGAGCUCUACAACCUCAUGUGCCACCUGACUGGUGUGGAGCCAGCGCCCAACAACGGCACGCUGGGCUCCCUCUACCACAUCCUGGCACAGCCCCCAGCGUACCCAGAGCUUCCAGAGGAGGAGAGACCACCUACCUUGGAGUUCCCUUCAGGAGACUUGGGCCCCCUGCUGGACAUGGCUGGCUGUGAGGGUGACCUGCAAGCCCCAGAGGAUUGGCUGUAUUUCCUUAACUUCACUCUGAAGGAGCAGCAGAGUCUGGAGGUCACCCACGUGCCCUGGGGCGUCCCUUACUCCGGCAGCCUGCCCGCCAACCUCACCCUCCUCUACCACCCAGACCACGUCACUGCCUACUCGAAAGCCCUCAAGAUGCCUCUGUGGACCAGCUUCACCGUGGAGGAACCUCUGCUGGGGACACCUGUGGAGCCGUGGACCAGUGACGUGCGGCUCUCCCCGGACACCACCCAGACCUGCGGCUCCUAUAACACGUCGCUGCCCUUCAACGCCUCCAUGUAUCCUCUCUUCCCCCCAGUGUACUCUCGGAACAGCUCCUUCACCCGCAUCCCGUACCUAGUGAGCAAUGCCGUGCCCGUCUCGCCCUCCCUGGAAGAGCGAUGGGUCCAGCUUGUGAGCCACCUGGUGUCGGGGUGGGUGCAGGUCUUAGGGCCUCUCAACCUCAUCCUGGGCCCGGUGUUUGAUAAUAAUGCCGACUCGUACCCAGAUGACUUUGCUGGCUUCAGUUUUCCAGAAGUGCCGUCUGACCUGUUUGCUGUGGUGACGCGCUGCCUGGAAACAGUGCCGUCCUUAGCUGAGUGUCCCCACGCAAUGCUGGAUGCUGACGCUUUCAUCUUCCCACAGGACCAAAUGAUGAGCAACUGCUUGGAAAGCGCAGAGUACGCCAAGGAGUUCAGCGCCAAGGUCCAUGACGUUGAGGUGGUCACUGGGUUCACCUUCUACCCGGACCUCAGCACCUUCAACCGCACCACCCUCGUCCUCCGCUCCCAUCCCAAGAUGUGGCAGAGUCCCUUCCCCGUGCCCAGCCUUCUUCGGGGCCGAGGCGCUGCUUAGAGGCCCAAGGAGUGAUGGUGUGAAUGUCCAGCGCUUGAUAUUUUGAAUGUUAUAUUAGUAUUUAUUAACAGAUAUGUGUCUAGUUCGGCUUUUUGAUUCCAGUUUUUGGUAUCAGAUUCAGGCAAAAGGGUUGGAUUUUCACAGUUGUCAAGAUAUUACAAACUCAUUCAUAAAAAGUGAUAUACAAGGAACAACAAAACCGUCUAUCUACACCUUGAAAAAUGGGUUAAAAUAGGGCAAAUCAGAUACACUACUGUUAAUAAAGACUGAUAUGAUGUUUGAAAAAUUAGACGCAACACGUGGCAUUUAGCUUGAUAAAUAGCAGGUUUGUGUUCUUAAUGCUUAGCCAAUAUGACAAGUACCAGUGA